UAUUUGCACCAUGCUGUCUGAAGAAGCCAGAAGCUGAAACAUUGUUUAUCUAUCACUUCAUGAGUAUUUCUAGUGAUUGAGGAGUAUCCUGUGGGGUCCUGGUUCUCAUUGGACACAGAGCCUUUUGCAGUUUUGAAAAUCUGCUACAGAAUCUAUUUACAUACAGUACAUUGAACACAGCAAUUUACAAUAUGGUAAAGAUGAUAAACUCAUUAAGCACAAAGUGACUUUAGAGAAAGAUUACAACACAAAUAGGUUAAAUCUUAUACUGUAAAAUCAAUAAAAAUGGACAGAGCUACACAUAUUAGUGUAUUAGAUUAGAGAACAGUCCUGCUGUUUUGAAUGGAGUUUCCUACACUGUACUACCAUAGCGCUAGUACCACAAUGUGCCGUGUGGCUUUUUGUUUGUCACAUGAACACCACAUAGAUCCGUCUAACCAUGGAUUCCCAGAGGUUUUAUUCCCCAUAUCAAUCUGAUGGGGUUUUCUUCAUCCUCUUCAGAGUGGUAACGGAUCACGCCAGCAUCAAGGUGAACGAAUGGCCCUUUCUCGUUCUGCACUUUCUUAUGUAAGAUUUGAUCUUGAAAAUCCUAGCAGUUACAUGUGAAGCACACCAUAGAGUUACUAUAUGAGAAGCAUAAUAUUAUUGCAACAACAAUGUUAUAGUAAUCUAUUAGACCUCUGAGAACAGCAGAUAUAGAGUAUGCUGUUGUAUUCUACAGAUAUUUGGGGAUCAAACUCUUUUCUGUGUAAUUUCCUGUAAUUUGUCCAUGCAGACUUACAGUGAAUAAGCGGUACUGUGAUUAUAUUAUUCUCUUGCGCCCCCUUGUGGCUGUAAAAUGCCAAUGGUAUUGCACAACUAGUAUACGAGGUGGGGUCGAAAGAAAAACAGUGAAGUUCACAACACAGACGGUUGUCUAGUGUCAGUUUGUGACACGUCUACGAUGUUCAUUUAAGUGUCUUUAAACGCUGUGUAGAAUUGGGAACCGCGGCCAUGGCACAUAACCCACCAGCCAAGACACUUGAUCCAAGAAGUCAGGAACUUAUAAUAAAAAAAUAUAAGGAUGAAGGAAGCCUGGUGAAAUCUGGGAACAGGUUCAUCCUGAAGUUUCUGAAAAUUUACACCGAGCAUAAAACACUCGUCCGUGGACACAUGGCUGAGGUGCUACACAGCAUCUUUUUUUUGGGCAACAUUAAUGACGUGAAAAUUGAUCCUAUGGAAUUCUUUACCGACAUAGUGGGGGAAGAAAUUAAGAAAAAAUUUCCAGAAGCGUUUGAGAAAUACAACAAACACCUGCCGACCCGCACGCCUUUUUCCAUCCUACUUGACGCGGUUGUGCUGAUUAAAGGCAAUCAAAAUCAAAAAGACGUAAUGGAGUAUCUGUCGGCUUUAUUAAAAGAACUGAGUGUGCCAAAACCAAAAAAGGCGACACAUUCAAACUAUUACACCUUGGAGGCCACUGUCAUCUGCAUGUGUCAUUAUGAAAGGAAUGGGCUAAAAGGUCUGAACCCUAACCCUAACUUCUAUGGAGGCUCCUUGUCCUGCAAGGGGUUGAAAGAGCGGAAGGUCAUGAUCGCGCUCUCGUGUCUGGAACCGUGGACCCCAGCAGUGGCGUAUGCCGUGGCCUUUGCAGAUGAAGGUGCUUACAUCAAGCUUCCAAAAGAUGUCAUAAGCGAAGCUUUUCAAAGAGACUUGAAAACAGACAGCUAUCUGGAAAAAGCUCCAUGCACAAACUGCAUUACUAUAUUCAGAGGGGUCUCAUUCAAGCCUUGUUAUACAGGAAACAAUAAAAAAGAACUGUGGCCGUAUGGCAACUGCGCCGAAACAGAAUCUCUCAGCAAGCUCCUCAAGGCAGAUGUAACACUCCGUGGACAAGUAGAAGUUCAUAAUAAAACGGGGAUCGUUCACCUAGACCUUGAAACACAUCAAAUUCACAGCAAAGCCACAGAGACGCUGGCUGAGGAGCUUCCAAAGGGAAGGUUUGUGGUUCCUAGCAAUGUGUUUCAGUUCUUCUACUCUUAACCCCCUCCCACUUGCAGAUUUAACAUGUUAUUAAUUAGAAUUCACUGCUGUUUGUAUUCUAAUAUAUACUGACUCAUAUUUACUCAGUUAUCCUGCUUCCAUAUUCAUGUUGUUUGGUUAAUGAUUUAAGAUCAUUAUUUCCUAGAGGAAACACAAGCUACAGACAGUUGAUUAAAUGCAAUACUUUCUAUGUAAUCAUUAUUUACACUGAAGCUAAAAUAUUAUCUGAAUAUUAUUGAUUGCUGAUUUGUGCUAUUUUUAUAUGAAUCUUUUCUACUUUUGUACCGUCUCUAUUUUCUGUCUUAGUCAAAUUCAUAAAAGAUAUAACGGUGUUGUGUAAUUCACUGUGAAGUAUUUUAAGAGACAAUGUCAGGGUGCAGGCGUUGAUGCACAUAAGCAGGGUGGAAGCAGAUGUGGGUGCGGGUUUUUGAGAGAGGUUACUGUGUGUGAUGUGGAGCAUCCUGUGAAACCACGUACCCGGGUCACCCUGGGUUAACUCGGGCUGACCUGAGUCGUCAGCGACCCACCUCAGGGUCGACACGCUUUGACCCGGGUCGAGCGAGACAGAGUGCAUGAUGGGAGGUUGUAAGCAGAGGACAUGACAAAUAGCCACACCACCAUAAAGGUUUCAUUUCCGCCUUUCUUUAUAUUCAAACACACCAUGAGCCAGACCGCUGCAGGAAUGUCAUGGAGCAAUGAAGCAGCGUGUGCUCUGAACAACAUUUGGGCCGAGGAUUCAGCGCCGAGAAGCUGGAUUUCCAGGUCAUUUCGUAAGCACAUUGUGGACUUGCUUCUGUGAGCCUCGGUCGACUCUGCUUGUGAAAUGGCUUAGCCGACCCACAUGACACCGGGUUGAGACCCAGGUAGGCUCGGGACCCGGGUCGGAGUGCCAGUGUGAAAGGGGCUGAAGUUACUGAAGUUGAAUAAGAAGUCUCCAGUCCUGACCUGAAAGAGUGCUCCGGGUUCAGGUAGAUAUGGCCACCUAUCCUGUAAGCUCAUCACUAGUAGACUACUAUAUUUAGUCUAGAAAUAUAUGUUGUAAUAAUUGUUGUGUUUCUGUAUUGCUAAUAACCAAUGAGUAAAAUCAAAUAUGUAAUCAAACAAAUAAACCAUGUGAUUCGCUAAACCGAUUUUCAUGACUCAAGUGAAAUUAUUCC